CACCGGCAGCAAUCCGGGGUCAUUCCGAGCCCCCUGGUGAGGAGCGGCAGGCGGUUCUGGGCGUGACCCGGUCCGCUCAGCAUCGCUGGAGCACCAUCAGCAGCCUGAGCUCGGACAGCGGAGUGGUGGGCCUCGGUGAUGAGCGUGAGGAGGAGGACCGCGAGCCCCGCCGUCACCGCAGAGGAGCGGAGGUGGAGCGGGUGGACAGCGGCAUCGGUCCYGGCCUGUCCCGCACCUGGAAGAGGCCGUCCGCCUCGCUGAGGGCCUGGGAGGCCCAGAGACCGUGUCCCGACUGCGGGCUGAGGGACGGGGCCACCAAAGAGCUAGGGGAGCGCAUGUGCGAACGCUGCACCAAGCUGCGCACCGAGCGCAAGGAGGCCAUCCUGGAGUUCCUGAACACGGAGUCGAGUUACGGCGAGGACCUGCGCAUCAUCAAGGAGGAGUUCUACUGCCCCAUGCAGAGUGCAGGGCUCCUGACAGCCGAGCAGCUCACCGUGGUGUUCGGGAACGUUCAGGAGCUGAUAGACGUCAACGACCGCUUCACUGAACACCUGCAGGACAGCAUCGACCAGGCCUUUGACCAGGGUGAUGAUGAUCUGCUGACAGUAUACAUUGGAGAAAUCUUCCUUGAAUUUGUCAACAUGCUACCAGCUUUCCAGACCUACUGCCUGCAGCAGUCCGCCUCAGUCAACUUGCUCAACACUCUGGAGAAAGAGAAAGAGCUGCUCAGAAUAUUCCUAGACGUUUCCCAAAACGACAACACUGCACUUCGUCGGAUGAACCUGCGCUCCUUCCUCAUGGCGCCCCUUCAGCGUGUGACUAAGUACCCACUUCUGUUGAGCCGAAUCAUUAAGGUUACCCCGGAGUGCCAUCCCGAUUACGCACGUCUCCGUGAGGCCAAGAGUCGGGUGGAAUCCCAUCUGGAACACAUCAACAUGAAGACCAAGCAGGAGGGCAAUGGAGUCACAUGGUCUCUACGUUCAUUCCGUCGGGAUAGUCGCAAAAACCGGGAGGUCAUAAACAUUGAGAUGAGGGAGGUGUCCAUGAAGACUGUGGGUUGGGCAAGAGAAAACACUAGGUUUGUCAUGGAAGGACCUCUCCAGUUGUCCCAACCAGCAGACGGUCAGUGGGUGAAAAAGGGCAGCAAGGCCCUCAAGUUCCAGAACGUGCAGAGUCUUCUGAUGGUGAGGACACAGCGGGCUGGAAACUCCCCUGGACAGGAUGCUGGUGCACGGGGGGAUCAGCCGGAGAGUACUGGGGAGAGCGUUCGAGACGGAGUGCUGGUCCUCAUCAAAGACAAGAGCAGUGGGAAGUUCACCGUGCUUAGAGAGCCCAUCCGUCUGGGAAACUGCAUCGUGUCAUCUGAUCCGGACUGCGAAGAUACGUUUGAGGUUCUCGAUAUUCGACGGGAGUCUUUUGUUUUCCGUGCCUCAGACAAAUCUCGUACCCAGCAGUGGUUCCACCAGAUUAAGAGGUAUGCUCGAGACCUGGGCACCUGGAGGAAAAGGCGAAAUGCUUUGCCCAACAUCAUGAUUAACACAAACCAGGCGCGUUCCUGAGGCCUAGCAUUCACACAUCUUUGUUACACUGUAAAUAACCCAAACGUUUCAACUGCAGAAAUCAAUGGAAAACAAAAGGUUUCUACACAACAUCGCUGUUCAGAUGUGCUAGAUUUUCAGAGAACAAAACCACAAUCGGUCUCACAGUCUUGUGAGAAACCAAAGCACUUUCUUUCGUACAGAGCAGUAAGUGCGCCAUGAAAUUGUGUACGUAGAUUUAUUUUAAGCAGUUAAUAAAAAAACAAUUAUACCAGAUUCCUGAACGACCAAAAAAUCUUGGGCUGUACGAGCCAGCCUUGAUUGUACAAGACUGUUUGCUCUUCGGUACUUAAGGUAUGUCUGAUGAAAAGCAUGACUGAACAUGAUUGAAUGCAAAGACAAAUUGAAAUGUCACUUUUUAUACGAGAUACUGAGGAUUAAAAAUACUUKUUUCUUGAAGAA